AUGAACUUGAAGCGGUCGGGGAUGAUUGCAAGACAACGAGCAGCAAAUACGUCCCAGCCAGAGCUCAUCAUUAUGAGUGAAGAGAUUGAGCAAUUUGCUACAGACAACUUCGAUAGACGUCCAGAUACUUCAGGGCCGUGGUGGAAUGGCCGUCAGAUUCGUAACGCAUUCCAGAUCGCUACGUCCCUCGCCUACUUGGACCCUAGUGGUGGCAAAGAACGGUCAAAUCGGUACCUGGGGCGCUACCACUUCGAGCAGGUCUUGCAAUUUAUUCAAGGCUACGAUCAGUAUCGACAGAAUCUCUUCGAGAAGACAGAUAGUGAACUUGCUGGGACUCGUGAACAGCUCAAUCCAGCUCAGGGUGAAGCUACAGGGAGAAGAAAAGAUCGAAGGAGGGAAUGUCAAAGGGCUCCACACUAUUCACUUCACUCAUCUUCCUUGUCGGCCACGUCCUCCAGCAACAGGGGUACUCAAGACAGAUAA